CAGCAGAACGUUAUUUAAAUUGACAAUAAACAAAAUGCAUAAAUCAGGAGAACGAAAAACAUACUAGUAGCUGUAAUAAAGAAGAAAGAUACAAGGCUUAGGACAUUAAUAAUUAUUUUAACCCAUUCUUAAGUGAAGCAGUAGAGGAGUGUGAAAAAACAUCGAUAUUAGUAGCAGAAUCCAAAGUAGAACCUGUGAAGAGCCUCGCGGAACCCAAUGUUGGUUCUGGAAGUCGGAAGGUUAAAGGUUCUGUGCGAACGUAGAGAUCUGGCAGGAAUAUUGAAUCUUAUGAGUUCGAGAAGAUCUGAAGAAGUUAGUUCAUGAGGGAAGUAGAGGGAGAGGCUGACGCGCGAGGCAGCCAGUUUACCGUUGCAAGGCGCAUUGUGCGGCUGGACGCCAGUCAACCGCGCGUUGCCGGCCCCUAGAAGCACCGGCCUCCGCCACAGGACUAACACACUUGUGUCACAUGUAUGGACUAUAAAUGAAAGACAAAGUGCUCGUUCAUUAUACAAGUGUUACUGUUUUGUUAUUGGAUCAUCUCUACAACGACUGCUUUCCCAUCCGUCAAACCAAUUUCUAUAUCAUGGAGUCGCACCUUAUAGUUCAUCAGCGAGACAUCUGACUUAUCCACGUGCAGGCAGGAGCUUGGAGUGAAUGAUGGGAAAGAGGAACGCUCGGAUCAAGAUUGCACACUCUGUUGGUCCGCCUAUCGCUGUUAUAAUAGGCACAUCUGAGUAGCCCCAGAAGUCCCAGUCCACUUAAGCAUUAUCAGUUACCGCCGCACUAGCGACUGCCAAUAAAGUACAAGUCAAAUCGGGUUAUAGCACGUGUAUUUACAUAGAUAUAUUAAUUUUAGUACAAACGACUGGACGAGGUGAUUAUUUAUGCGUAUAGGUUAGACAUUAACUAAGUAACAGUAGUCAUGACGACCACUGCACCCGAAUUAUCAAAAUCAGAUUUCUUUGAUUUUGUAACAUCUAACGAGAUAACAGACGCCCAAUACAAACAACAAAUGCGAUCUGUUAACGUAUUCAUGGAAUCACCAGAUUCACGUUCCAAUCCCUUAUUAUCUGAGGAGCCCAAGGAACAGAAUAACAACAACCUGUUGAGUGUAACGUGUAAUCAGACCACUAGUAAUACUAUGACCACGGCAACCACGUCUAAUUCAUUACAAAGUUUCGACUCCAUAUGGAAUGUGGAUAGAGAUCGUGAUCGUUUAGAAACAGCUAUGUUAGAGGAUUUGAACAAAUUUUACUGGAAUCAAGAUAAUGAGAUAAGUGGAACACACCCGUGCACAGAUACCGCCAUUUCCAAUAAACUUAUCAGUAAUAACACAGAUGGGCAAAUUUAUACCCUCACUGUACUGAAUCAAGACAAUUGGGUGAAAGACGAGGACGUAUCUAUGUCUAGCCCGGCUGAUAUAGAACCAAAUUCUUCCCUCGAUCUUGAAUCUAUAUUAAAUAUGAAUGGAUUCCCCAACGACUUUAACCCAGACACACUGAAUGCAAACAUACUGCCUAAAGUAGAAAGCUUCAGCUAUGAAGAGAAUUCGUCUGAAAACCGAAGUACAGAUUUGAAUACAACAACACUUGUAAAAGUUGAGCCAUUCAGUUACGAUGACGGCGAAUUUCAAAGUGACAAGAAAGAUGAGACAAACCGAAGUCCUAUUAUUGGUACAUCGCUAUUAGAUGGUCAAGUUGAAUUCAAUAACAACAAUAACGAUUGGAAGUUAACAGAUCAAAAUACGGAAUCCAAUGAAUCGCUACUGAGAAGUGCAUUGCAGGGUAAAGCUUUCAUUCGUUAUAAUACCUUACAAAAAAGUUUGACCAAACUUGACGCGGAGGCGGAAUUAAAAAGGGUUAUUAUUAAUAAUAAUAACAAAGCAGAUGUCCCGUCAAUGUAUCAGUGUGAUAACAAGGACACAGAUGCAGAGCUGCUAAUGGCAAUAGCACCACAGAAUGGUAAUGUAAAUAUUUCAAUAUUACUAGAAGAUCCAACUGCAAGUGUUGUUGCCAAUGGUGAAAAUUCAACGCCAACACAGAGCGUUGACGAUUUAUUAUUCUCCCAGCUUGACGUAACAUAUUCUGAUGAUUAUGAGAAACUGAAGAGAAUAACAACGGAACUAGGAGAAUCUGUACAACCUUUCUGUACCGUGGAACCUAUCGACCCUUCACGCAGUGUAUAUAAUAUUCACAACGUUAAUGGUGAGCUCGUUACGAUGAUACCAGCUGGGGAGAUUCAACUAUCCCAACAUUUGCAGAUGAUGACGGCAUCUCCUACCGUGUCCAGUACGAAAUCGAUUGGGAAAAAACAUAAAAGAUUUCAGAAUAAAAACACAUCUCCAACCUCACAAGCACAAUCCGGAACAGCAGUCCAAGCGGCGACGUCAACAUCAAAUGGAGUGAGAAAGGAGAGAUCCCUCCAUUACUGUUCAAUCUGCUCGAAAGGCUUCAAAGACAAAUACUCAGUAAACGUCCACGUCCGAACGCAUACAGGAGAAAAGCCAUUCACCUGUUCGUUAUGUGGCAAAAGCUUUCGGCAAAAGGCUCACCUGGCCAAACAUUACCAGACACAUAUCGCGCAGAAGACAGCUGCAGCGAACGGAGCUAAGCCAACGAAGCAGAGAUAACCAGCCAGUCCACAGUUCCAACUCGCAUAAUAGUCAAUAUUUUUCACAGUGAUAAUAAAUGUAUUAAAAUAAAGGAAUCCUCGAAGGCUGAUCACAUGAAUUUGGAUAGGUGCUAAGUAGAUGUAGAGACAGUUAUUGCGAGUGUCAGUGAUAUGAAUAACAUUUAUGACAUAUUUGUUAAUUUGUAUGUAAUUCCGUCCGUUACCGAUAAUAUUUAGCUUUAGCUAGAUUAUUUUUAGAUUAGUGUUCACUAAGCUAUUUUGUAUACAUUAUCAUAUUUAAUGUUUGAUGCUAGGAAAUUCAUGGGAUUUAUUUCCUAACUAUCAAAGCGCGUAAGCAGAACAAAAGAUCGUAUACCUUUUCAUAUUUAUCAAUGUUUGAUUAGAGGAAAUUUUUAGGAAUUCUUUCUUAACUAUCAAAGCGCGUAAGCUAAGCAAAAAUAUUGAUGCUGCGAUAAAAGAUACGGCUUCAAUAUAAGCGUUAUGUACAUUCAAUAUACAGUCAACUUUCGAUAACACUCGUUAAUUUGAUUUUUUUCCGCUCCUUUAAAAACACUCGAUAAGGAAUAUCUUGCUCGCCAACAUGACAUAAUUUGAAGUAGCUUCCCUACUCUAUGCUUUGAAGCGUCUAUAAACAUACCUAUCAAUUGUUUUCUAAAACUCUUUAGACUGACUAAAGUUGCUCACUCAAAAGAUUAUAGACUUCUUUUCGUAAUAAAACAUUGUAAGCGUAUACUCUCGACAUCCAUAGUCCACAACUGAGCGUUUUUUAAGUGAGUUUUUGGCGUGAUUAAGGGUACUUCAAGAGAAGAUCGUAUCAUUUCUCAUAAGACCGACAUUGAAUUACCUUCUAGCAAUGUCAGAUGAGACCUCCUACCCGUUUGGUAUAUAAAAAAACUAAUUUGAAAUUGACUUGUGGCCCCUUGAGUUUCAAAUUAUCGAGAGUCGACUGUAGUCCCAUUAUUAGAUAAUUAUAACAUCUACAUCUAGCUAAGUGCAAUUUCUCCUGCAAUGUAUGAAAGAACUUUCUAAAAAUAGUAAAAAAAAUAGUCAAACUAUCUUUCACUCGUGUACACUCACUGCAAUAUUGUGUCUUAAUUUAGCAAUAUCUUUCCUCAUAUAUAACGAAACUUUCGAAUUAUUGAACUAUUAUAUUGGAAUUUUGUGGUGGCCUUUUAAAUUUCUCUUGAAAAUCUAAAAUUGCUAUGUUUCUCCCAUACACUACAUUAAUCGCUCCCUUUACAGGUAAGCCAUGAUUACUAUAAAUCUGUAACAAUCGAUUCAAUCUUAAAAUCGAUCUCCUUUCCUCUAAAUUGGACUUUCUUUGUUUAUAAAACCGCGCCCUAAUACUCCGAAAAAUACUCGACAAAUAAUUCUAUAUUAAAAGUCAUAUAAGCAUUUUAUAUCUAUUUUUAUUUGUUCUUUAUAGUCAAAUGUCGCGCAGAAUAUGAACUUUCCAUUGCAACUAUUUUUAUUGUCAUUUGCAUACUUAAUAUUAGUAUAAAAAUAUUUCUAUAGAAAACAAUAAUGUACGUCACCAUAACUUGUUUUAAGACAGUAUUAUAGUUUCCAAACUUUCUUCUUUCGUUUAGAAUUCAUUAUAAAACCAAUAAUUGAAAUUAAUUAGAAUAAGUAUUACUUAUAUCUUGCCAUUUUGGUGACUCAUUAGCACAUAACACUGCCCUAUGAUCUCUCUGUUCAACCAGAGACUAUUUGACACAACGAACUGUUGUCUAUACUCAUGUAGAAUAAGUUCUGAUUCAAGUUACUCGACGGAUUAUAUUAAAAUUUAUCGUUUACGAUAAAAGUGGUAAAUAAUAAAAUACUCAUAUAUUAAACUAAAUGUGGAAAAUUACGAGACAAACCACUUGAAUCUCAUUAGGUCUUAUUUGAAAUUAGCGAAUUUAUUAUAGUUAUGUAUAAGUUUUUCGAGAGAUUUACCAUAGAUAAUAAGAUUGGCUACUUAGUUUUACAACAUAAUUAUAAUGGUUGUUAAUAUAUUCUAUCGUAAUAAUUGUUUUGGAUCUGAUUAUGAAAUUAUAAAUCCGACUAUUUAGUUUUGCAUUUGUUCCUGAGAUCAUUUUUAGAUUUUAUUAAAACUCUAAGUUUAAGUUUUUACGUUUAAUGUUUGGUGGACGCGGAUGAAUUAAAAUUAUUUUUCGACAUUUGUAAAUAUAUUAUUUAUAAAAAUAUUGCUCAAAAAUGACACUUCGUCCCUCAAACCGUCCUGUACAAUAUUAUUUAUUUAGAAUUAUUAAGAAUGGAAACGAAUGGAAUUUGAUUUAAUCAGAGCUGUGAUUAUUGUUUAUGGUAACUGUUAAUUGAUUGUUGAGAUAAUUUUGCAUAGUCUGUGGCAAGUCUUCCGAGGUGUGUAUCGGCUGCAAAAAUGCGGUAUCGUCGAAAGACUUUAGCCUGCCAUUAAGGUAAAUAAAAAAAUUAUCCCUUAUAUAUCGCGCAAUAUUUUUGCAAUUCAAAUUUUCUAAUAUUUUUUCUUUAAAUGGAUUAUAACGAAAGAAUUUAAUAAUUUAUCACGGCUAUAGAAGUGUCGCUCUAAAACAAUGACUCUGUAAUCUAUGGUUUUUUUUAUUUUAUCGCACCAACUAUUAUUUGAUAGCCAGUAACUCAUACAACGUCCAUGACCGACCUCCUAGGUGAUUUCAAAAUACUAGACACAGAAUAAAUAUAAUAUUUUUACAAUUUCUUAAACGAUCUCAACAAUCAAUAAUUAUAUGACAAUUUGUCUUCCAUCAUUAUUAAAAAUAUAACCUUAUUAGGUGUAAAAAGAUAUAAACAUACGAAAAAAAGGUUGCCCCGUAAAUUGUAUGGCUUAAUUAUUGUUGUGGUCAUGCCUUAAGUAUAUAUUAUUAAAUUUUAUAAAUCAAUCUUACCAACGUUGAUAACGACUGUCAGCGAGCUGUUCCACAUCCUUUGAAUCCCGAAAAAACAUUUUGUGACUGUUGUUGGGUCAUUAAUUGAAAUUGUAUAAGAUUUUACAAAGCUUUAUUUGGGACUAAAUAAAAUAGUUGAGUAUAAUUAAUGUUCAGAGUCGAGAGUUAUCAGUUAGGUAAUUUUUGACGUAUGUAAGUCAUACUUAGCUCUAUGUAAGAUUCCGAAAUAAGACUCACCCGUUAAGGCUGACUUUCGUUUAUCAAAAUUGUACGGAUUUUGACAAUAGGAAUCAUGCCACCAAGUCUUGACUCUAAAUGUUGCUGUAACUUGGGGUGGUUUUGUCUGAUUUUUGCGUCAACUUGUGCAACAAUCAGAGACAAGAAUAAUGUAAUUUUUGACGUAUAUAAAGCCAUACUUAGCGCUACCGGUCAGAAAUGAGACACGCCUCUAAGGCUGACUUUCGUUUGUCAAAAUGGGAUGGAUUUUGACAUAUAGAAUCAUAAUUAUCUAACUUGACUCUAAAUGUUGCUUUAUUUAUACAACGCAAUCUUUUUACAUCGAACGAUAUUACUAUACCAUGUUUAC